AUGUAGGCCACUCUUCUCCAGCGGAAUAGGGCACCGGAUCAGUGGUGUGUAACCAGAAGAAGCCUUAUCGUGUCUGUGGAGCAUCCUAUUCCGAUUCACAGUGGUAGGGUGUCAUUGGAGCGCAAUGUGUGCAUUCAGCACUAUUCUCACUCUGGUUCAGAAGGAUCUCUUGUAAAUGGGUCAUGCGCAGUAGGGGCGGCUCUCUAACACCCGUUUCAUGGCCCUAAUGCUCUGUGAAGGACCGUGUGUCUGAAUUUCAAGAUAAUUUUCCCACUGCAUCCAUUUUACAUCCUCAGUGAACCGCGAGACGUCAACCGAGUAGUAGUGCCAAGUUUUGCUGGCUGGACGGACAUUCCCAUUUUUGGUGGAUGGUGUUAUUUCUUGUCAGUGUGUACAGGCAUUCGAUGUCAGUGGGCUGAUAUCUCUCUUCGACUGGUGGAUUUCUUUUACGGUGUUUUUGCGACUGUCGGGGUGCUCGAUUUGGCUCCAGGCGGGGGGUGAAUUUUGUGGCUUCUGACCUAUGGUAAUUGGAAGGUGUUCAAUCCCGAUAACCUAUUUCCACGUGUGUUUGAACUAGAAGUGUGAAGGAUGCUGUGGAUGAUGUGAAUACGGAAUCAGCCGGGAUUGGGAUGUUUUGAAGCGAAUGAAAGGAUAUAAAAUUCCAGUGAAAUGCUGAAAAUAGUUCUGCGCUCGUGUAUAUACUGAGUGUGAAAUACUGGAAAAUUAAUUACGAGAUUGGUGUCGGCAGCUGCAUCAGGUUGUGGAAUGAGAUUCACAUGCAUCCUGUCGGAUUAUUCGUAUGAUGUACGUAUGUCAGUGCACCAUAUGAGGUAGUGGAAAUCGAUUCGACUGUGUGUUGAUCCUUGGUCAUAGAAUAAACACGAAACCAAGGCUCGCUAAUUUCACGAGGAUUAUGUUCAAGCCUAGUCUCGUGUGGUCAAUGCGGCAGAACGCGUGUCUUAGUGAUGAAUACUAAAGUGGAACGGUGUUAUUAGCACUCGUCGUCGUCGUUGGAGAGCUGUAAAUGUGAUUGAUUAUAGAUAGCGGCAGCGAACGAGGAAUAAAUUAUUAAUCAUUACCAGACCAUGAGGCGACCGUGCUUAUCGUAUAGUGAGGUGUUAGUGAGAGUGUGCUGUUGAGGUGGUACUCGAAAAGACCCGACAGUUGCUGCUGGAUGCUGUUUUAUGGGAACCCCAUGUGCUACUGUCCCAAUUUGACAGCCCAUCGGAUAACACUGUGUGAUGGUUAUUUAAUAGAUGAGAGCUCUCUAAUCAACGGCAGUGGCUAACCAACUGGCAGACUCCUGCGCUGCUAUCAAACGGACACAACAGAUUCAUCUCGGAUUUGGAAAAGGAUAGGACCUUAUACCUUACCGGCACCCGUAAUCGCGUUCAUCACCUCUCUCGGUCCCACUCCGUUUGCUCCACAGGGGCACCGACCGGCGGCGAAGAGGAAACCGGCGGAAAAGCUACGGAGGCAUUAAUUCCCAGCGCAAAGGAUUAUACCAAUUGAAAGUCAGAAAAGCGACGGAAGCGUAAGCAUCCGAAACUGUUUCCAAAAGGUCAAACUUUGUCUUUUGUGCUACGUUCUAGUCAAUGGAGGUCCGCCAUGGCAAAUAUGAAUAUUCAAUACGGACUUUCAAUAAAAUAGUCGGCAACGAGGUCAUCAGCAAGUGGUUGCAGAUUGCAAUUAGCCAUCGUCCUCCAAAAGCAUGAGGCAACCGAAACGACAACAGGAGCAGCGCCAUCUUCCUUGGCACAUCUUGGACCGAACGAGAGGUUGUGAAUAUAAAGUAGUUAGUGGAAAUCGAGUUAGACAACUGAUUAAAUCAAAUUAGCCAUGUUGCUUGAAUAAUCCGGUUCUGCGCCAUUUUCCGCUUCCUGUGAAACGAAGCGUAACCGAAAACCACCCCAUAUUGCAAAAGCGAGACCAGGAAGUGAACAACCAUCCGUCGGCGUCGUCGUUGGUGUGAAAAGUGUGAAAUCAAGGACCAACCCCAGUAAACAAACGAACAAGCGAACACAAGCAACGGACAAAAUUAACCUCCAGCGCCAUACAGACAAAUAUGAACACAAAGCCACCUCUCCAAGUUCCUAACUUUAUCGGUAGUAGCACCUCGUCGAGACCACAAAGUCCUUCCCUGUGCUUUUCGACUGCGUCGUCCAAGGCGGAAAAAAAUGAACCGGUGACACUGUGCGGCUGUCGGCGAGCUCCAAGAUCCCAAUGCUUCUCUGCUAUAGGUGUGCUGAUACUGGUCCUCGCGUACACAGCGGUGGGCUCAGUGCUGUUCGUGACAUUGGAAGGAGACGCCGACGAAAGCGACAUGAUCGAAAGCUCGGUGGCAGCAUCGAAACCAUAUCCUAGACACGACGUAGUUAGUUCAGAGCUAAGAUUAAAAACUGUAGAUCGGCUGUGGUCCAUAACGGAGGAUCUAAACAUAUUAUACAAGGAGAAUUGGACACGACUGGCCGCCCAGGAAGUGCAACAUUUUCAGGACACCAUCUUGAGAGCAGUGAGAGCCUCCAAGGCGCAGCAAGUGACGAAUGUCCAGAGCAACGCCAAACCCUACAAAUGGACCUAUGCUUCGGCAUUUCUAUAUUCGCUGACGCUGAUCACCACUAUCGGCUACGGUGGAAUUUCGCCGCGAACGCAAUGGGGCAGAAUAGCGGCGCUAAUUUAUGCCCUGUUUGGCAUUCCGAUUAUCCUGCUGUACCUCUCGGCCAUGGGAGAAGGCCUUUCGGGGGCCAUGCGGUGCCUAUUCCGCCGCAUUCGACCGUCGUCGCAUUCGUCGUCAUCAAAUAGCGCCAGCACUAGUUCAAGUCUAAGUGGAAACUCGGCAAUAAACAGUAAAUCAUCUAGCUCCGAGCUACAGAAACGUUCCCAGCAGCAACAGAGCACCAGUUACCACCAGACUUGGACUGGAAUUCACGAUCCGCAUGGUUACGGCGGAGUAGGAGCAUUAGGCAGCACCAACAUGGGAACCAAUGGGGGUGCUCACACGGUAAACAGCGGGAGCAAACAUAAUCAAUCAGUCGUACCAAUAUCAAUCUGUAUUAUGAUACUGAUUUGUUACGUCACAUUCGGCGCCGUUCUGUUCCAUAAAAUUCAGCCCUGGGGUGUGCUGGAGAGUUUAUACUUCUGCUUUACAUCCCUCGGCACAAUCGGCUUUGGUGAUCUAAUGCCAGCCGGGAACAUUGCUCAGUAUGCUGCCUCAGCGUACAUUGUAGUCGGAAUGGCCGUUGUGGCCAUGUGUUUCAGUCUCAUACAGACGGAACUAAUAGUAUGGCUGAAGAAAUUUGCCACUCCGGAAUCGAUUCCCUCAUCAACGGAGGAUGUAGCGCUGGUAUCGGUGGCAAUGACUCCAAUAAAAUCCUGACAAAGGCCUAACGACAUGCUGCCUAAUGAGUACAACUCAUUGCCUCGGCGUUCUAGUGCAUUCCAGCGAAAUACGCCAGCCCGACGCUCAACUGGGAUAAUGGAAAACCAUGUAGAGUACUUCGUGCCGAGAAGUGUGAGUGAAUUCAAUCUAUCUGGCGUUGGCGAUCUGGCGCUACCACCAACUAAGCGCAGUAUGAUAACACAUGCUGGAAGUUCGACAAUGAUUGCAAUCCCGACGAAGCCACGGGAAAAAAUGGUAACGUUCGAAGAUGAAUCAAAAUGCCCCCACGGGCUACCGACCACGCCCAGAAAGUCCACCAUGGCCAACGACGUGUUCAUGUGACGGGAGGGUUCCUGAGAGGAAAAUAUUCAAUGCCCCGGAGACAUUAUCAAAGUCUGACAGCAAGCGUCAUCUCCACCCCAUCCUACAUUUCCUCACCAUGAUGGGCAUUGAUAUUCAUACGAAUCAUUAGGGUGUUUCAAAUGUUCCCAGCGUUCUACUGAUGUCUACGAAUAUUUGCAACAUAUUAUUUAGGAUUUUUUAACAUGGGACAAUAGAGUGGCUCUAAAUAACUCAUGGGCUGUCUGAAAACGAGUGACAUUUUUUUACUUAGUUUACUUUUGCUCAGUAAUCGAAAUCAAAUUUCUUUGUAACAUUCGUAAUGUUAAUGAGCAUUUCAUCCCGAGCACACGAACGCACUUCAAAUAAUUGCCGGAUUGUCGCUUUUGAAUUCCAAAAUUUGGAAGCAUAAACAGCACAGGAUAAAGAAGACCUCUCGGAAUGAAUUGAAGGAGAUCCCUAUUGAAACUUUCAAACCUUACCCCCUGCAAUGAAUUAGUUCUUGUGGAGCUCUUGCCGGGCUCCUAGAGAAUAAUCGACGGAACUCCUCGAAAAAUUCUCUCUGGACCUCCUACGGAAAUUCCCAAUGGAGAAAUUCAGAGUAAAUCUCGAUGAAAAUCCUUGGAAGAUAUGCAGUGGAUUUCAUAUUGAAAUUCCUGAUUGAACUUCUGCAGGAACUCUGGUCAGAGCUCCUAAAGGCAUUUUCAGAGCUUAUCUAGAGGAACUAUCGGUGGAACUUCAGAUGAAGCUCUCGGUAGAAUUCGUAUAAGUAUUCCCGAUUACAAUCCUGGAGGAAUUCACCGUGUCCUCGGUCGAAUUCCUGGUGAAAUUCCUAGCCACUGCUAGCUGCUGCACGUAGUCUUGAGCCACUUCUACGUUACGCAGCUGCUCAAUGCCGCGGCGUUCAACUUCGUCGCGUGGUAAUAACUGUCGAAAGUUUUGAGCGCAUGCAUACAGCGACUUGGUAGUGUUCCGAAUCUAUAUUUGCUCUGCGGUAUGUGCGAACAUUACCCAAUAAACAUUGAGUGGAACAAACCUCUCUUGAGCAAAUUUUACCUUAAGAAACUGUUAUUCAGCUAGUACUAUUUCCGAGAUGAAUGUACCGUCGACAAGAACGUGGUCGAUAUGCUUUUUCCACAGACAAACAGACGUAACAAUCUGGUAAUCCCCAUCGAACACCAAUUUAACGGUCUAUUUAAAAAUUGAUAGUUGGCCAACUGGCCAUCCAUGGUACUCGCAUCGUUUUUGUUCGAAUUUGACGUUUUCCCACUACCGCCACCUAGUUGGUGGUUGGCCAAACUCAGUCCUUGUAACAUUGGGCGAACAUGUUUCCGUGACUAUGAUUUGAAUUGAAAAACGUUCAAAGUGUUACGUCAGUUUGUCUGUUACCUGCGCGUUCAUGUCGCCGACAACGAUUUCCACGUCACGAGGUGAGCAACCGGCGUAUGUUUGCUCUAGCUGCGCGUAGAACGCUUCGUUCUCGUCAUCAGAUCUCCCUUCGUGUGGGCAGUGCAGGUUGAUGAUGCUGUAGUUGAAGAAACGGCCCUUAACUCUCAACAUGCACAUCUAUGUGUUGAUCGGCUGCCAUCCGAUCAAACGUUGCCGCAUCUUGUCCAACAUUAUAAAUCCUGUUCCAAGUUCAUUGGUGGUGUCACAGCUUUGGUAGAGGAUAGCCGCUCGAUGCUUGCUUUUCCAGACUUUCUGCUCAGUUCAACAAAGUUCCUACAACGUCAAUGUCGAAGUUGUGGGGAUGUAGUUCGUCGUCGUUUUUUUUCUGAUUAUCACGUCACAUCCUGCGAAACCAAGUGACCUGCAAUUCCAUGUUCCAAAAUCUGUCAAAAUCAGUGUAAUUUAGAACAUAUCGACGCUAUUUAUCUUAUUUAGGCAUAUUAACGUGAAAAUUAGUACAUUGAACUAAAAAAAAGGUGAAUAUUAUACAAUUUUGGAAAGCUUCGUCCCCAACAAAUUGACACCUAUGCUUCCGAUGAAUGAAUAAUAUAUCUGUGUUUCUGAGGGAAUUCCUUAUAAAGAAGUUCCACGGAAGAUACACGGGGGUCCCUAUAAUAAGUUCAACUUGCAAUAAAAUGUAAAUGAACAUUUUUGGCAAAGUUCCUAGAGAGAGUACGGCAGAAAUCACAUGCAAUGUUGGUUCAUUUAUUGUUUAAUUCUGAGGAAACUCAUUUUCUGGAAGAUUUCCAACUCGGGUUACUUAUGCACGCUCCCGCCCUAAUAACGUAUUACGUAAAUAAUAGUUUUAGAAGGUGUAAUGCUAUUAGUGUUCUUCCUCAACAAGUGGGGUACCGUUCUCACGGUAUUUGGCCAAUUGGUGUGCAUUGUGGAUGAAAUGGGUCAAUGAAGCAAAGAUUGUUGGGUUUCGCCGCAUCAAAACGAAGGCGCCACCGCAUAUGGUAUUUAACAUUGUGGCAGCAGCCGAGUUAUCUCACAUGCACAAGGAUACUGUGGCGCUAUCUGUUCACUCCAUAGCGGCCGUUUCAGUUAUUUUAGUGAUCCAUUGAAACGUGAUGUAGUAAAGGUAGGGCUAAUCGUGAAUGCGUUGGCGUUGAUUCUGUGGUGUUAGAUUACAUCAAGAUUGAUUUCGCAGCUCUGACGAUCGGUUGGAAUAAAAUUGACUGAGUUGAAGCGAAAAGUUGCCAAAACAGAUUCCCCGAUCAAAAAGUGCCACAACGUUGGAUCAAAUAUGAUUCAUCACAGAGAACAGACAUGAAUUUUGUGUAAGGAAUAUUUCAUCGGCAACACACGUGGAAAUAGCGUGGCGCUGCUAUCGGUUAAUUUCCCAUUACUAAUUUGAUUCAGCACUUGAAAUUUUUCAAUUCACCACUGACUGUGGCAAUAUGGUGUUUGACGGCGUUAGUGUUGUCAUCGUGUAUUGGUUUGCAACCUACUCAAAUGAAGAUUCAAAUCCUUACACAACUUUCUGAAUGAAAUUUGUUCUAGCCUGGAUGCCUGUUCUCUGUGGUUUCAUGAAGUUCUGUACUCAGCUUUCGAAGAACACAUUUGGCUGCCAUCGAACCUACAAGCUUAACUGGUGAUCUUUCGGAUCAUUUUCAAAUUCCUCAUGUAACCUCCACUAUCUAUAACAAGUAGCAAAUUAAUUUCCAGUCAUCAAAGGCACUGCGUGGCUGAUCAUGAACAAUUCAACCGAAAGUGCGCCAUAUACUGUACUUCCUAAUGAGUUAAAUAUUGAAGCGCAGGAAAACUGUUUGAAACACCCUAUCACGCACACACUCACUCAACACACAAGAGCUGAAAGAAAAAUCGAAACCGCAUGUGGCCAAAAUAAGCAGAUAAACUUUUCGAACCCCUUCUAGCGUGAGAAGGAAAACCCAUUGAGAUAGAAGAAAAUAUUCAACUCAUAUUACCAUAAGCAACAUACGAACAAGAAAAACAAUUUCCUUUCCUCCAUGGCUUUUUUAAUGUAGUAAAGACGAAGGACACGUUUACGAUGUUUUGAUAUGUGACUAGAUUUUAAUACAUAGAACAAAAAGAAAAUGUAAAAAAAAAUAUGGCAAAGCAGAACGAACUCGGUUAGAUAAAUCGACACAGUGAAGGAACGAAAGACAUAUUGUACACUUGACCCCUCGUCGAACGAGCAAAAAUAAAUAACGUCUAUAGGGAUACAUUUUAUGAUUUUCUUUAUCGAUGAUCCUUUCCCAACUAAUGUCAAACUGAUAAACUGAUUUCCGUACGACCACAGUGGGUCAGGAAUGGAGAUCAUGUGUUUGGAGUAAACAUAUAAUAGCCAAAGGAAAAACUACUUUGAAUAAAUCGAAACUGACAGAAAAA